GCACCACCUCAGCAACACCACGACCACACCAACCUGUCGUUUGUAGAGACCGACAUGGCAAUAGAUCAUUGUAUCCGCCCGGCCCGUGACGAUGUGUUCCGUGGCGCGCUCGUGGCCGGCCAGGUCAGCUGGGAUUGCGAGCAAGGCAAACCAUUGCAAACCGAGGACCCGACCCCCCUCAGCAGCGAAAUUCAAUGUCGUUGAGAAUUACCGAACGACCAUUUUACAUCCUGGGAAGCAGUUUUAUAUAUCAAUUCACAGCAUAUUGCCUUCGGUUACGUCCCAAUCCACCCCUGUCACACUUCUUUCGUGGUUCAACCUACCCCCAGCAAACUUCAAGCAUUGUGAUGGGAAAUCACCAUUGCAAGUAGGGAAUGUUACUGGAGUGGGAGCUGAGAUGGUAGUUCCCUGGAAAAGUCAACUUGUUAUCCAGUACGACCGGGAAGCAAUGACCUCGACCGCCAGCGCAAGUUGCCUCGCUUUGAACAAGACUCACAUGGCGUACCGCAAAUUCAAGUCCUCGAUUUUAAUAACGUUGAAGCCGUGGGUCCCAUUAUGAACCUCGUAAUACCAACACACUCUGGGCCGGUCAGGGAGAGGCUCUCCUACCAAGAUUGUCCUCAGAAUCGACCAUGUUCCACUGUCAUGACGGCGUCUAUAUAUAGGACGACUUGUGUCGAAUCGUUUUCCGCGACCCAAAACCCCGGCCAACCUUCCUUCCUGGAGCAAUAAC